AUGACCAAGGGCAUCAAGCAGAUACAUGCCGAGGACACCAUCGGUCACAUGCCGGCAAAGGGCAAAAGAAAGGAGAAGGCCAAGGAAGUCACUGAGCCCAUUAGAGGGCACCAACUAGCCAAGGCCGAUGCUGAGGCUAAGACUUACAAUCCACCUUGCAAGAGAUGUGUCGAUGAGCCUUGCCUUGUCAUCCUCAGCAAGAGAGGGCAGGUCAUGAGGUCCUGCUCCAAAUGCAGCCUCAUGAAGGUGAAGUGUGACCGACCGAUGUCAGUCGAUUCCAAUACUCCUGCACCAGCUCAGCAGGCACUGAUGGCACACCUGAGGUCCAGGGCUGCACCAGCCUCCAAGAAGGUUCCCCUGAUGGCAACCCUGAGGUCUGAGUCCAAUGUUCCCCCAAGGAGAACCAGAGCAACCUCACGCGCACGUCCACCGACUCCCAUCUUGGAGUCUGAAGAGAAAGCUGUCAAGGGUACCAAUGUGUCCAUCACAGGCAAUGAUGAUGCUGACAUGGAGCCCAAUGCCGAUGCCGAACGGCACUCCAACAUCAACACUGAGAUACUGGUUGAGCCCACAGCGGAUGAUAAUAUCAUCAUCAAUGAGCCUCGAGCCAUCACAUCUGUGGAUGACUUCCCUGCUGAUCAUUGGUUGAGUCCAAAUCUGAUGACUUCAUCAUUCCGACACCAACUCCUGCAGCUGGAGAAGUUUCCCUUCCUUCGGCAUCUCUCCCACCAACUGUCAGCCCUAGUGUCAACAUCGGACAAUCACAUCCAAUAUGUGAGAGAAGCAAGAGCAGUAAAUUGGUGA